AUGUAUGAUUCUGUAAAAAAAUUUGUUUCGCGACACAAACGUAAAUUUAUAAUAAGCGGCGCAUUGUUUUGUAGUACUGCGUAUGUAGUUUACACUAUAAAAAAGAAAUUGGCAGAGAAAAAAGAUAAAGAAAGUCGAGAAUAUCUGGAACGAAGUAGACGGCAACAGCACUACGAAGCCACAGAAAACACCUCAAACCGCAUGAUAACUGAAUUUGUUAAACAACUUCAUGUUAAAUAUUUUGCAAAAAAUUUACGCAUUGAAAAUAUUAUAGAUAAAUUGAAGAAGCAAAAUGAUUUGGCACUUUGGGAAGAAAUGAGAAUAUGUGUUUUUACUCGAGCAUGCUUACUGGUUUACGCUGAAACUAUGUUGGUAAUAACAUUGAAAAUUCAACUCAAUCUGCUCGGAGGUCUUGUAUACAAAAGUCUAUCGCAAGAUUCACCUCCAAUUUGUUCAAAAACUCAAGAAGACUAUUUGUUACAUUUUAGUUAUUUCAUCGAAGACGGUAUUCGACGUUUAGAAGAAUAUUUACAUAGUAAAGUUAUUAAGUAUGUUCAGCAAGUUCCUAUCCAAGAACAAUACAAUUUACAGGAAUUAGAAAAACUGUUUUUCCUCAUUCAAACUGAAAUUGCAAGUGAUACAGACAGUCCUUUUCGAUGUAUAGAUUCAUACAUGUUACACCAAAUGCCACAAGUGCGAGAAGCACUACUACAAGACAUGGUAAAUGAAACGCGAGAACUAUUAAAAAACGACGAGAUAAUUUCAGUAGCUCGUUACUGCACAUCUCAUAGUUUUAAUAAGUUAAUGGAUGCUAUUACUGUAAAUACGCCUAAUCGGUCAGCAAAUUUACCUACUACUGUCAAAAUGCCAUUUGCCAAGUGGUUACCAAUUGUUGACAGAUCGACUAAAGUUACGGAAAGCGGAGACUGCAGUCUAAAACAAAAUGUUCACUUGGAUGCAAAAGUUAAAGUGCUUAGUGCAAAUGUUUAUGAGGCAUUUUGUUCUGCUUAA